AGUCCUGGUUUUCUUGCUGAGCAUGACACUACAUGGUAUGGACCGUGGUACCCCUUCGGUCAGCUCGGGGCAGCUGUCUCUGCUGUGUCCCCUCCCAGCCAGCUCGCUGGGGCAGCAGAGUGAGAAACAGAGAAGACCUUGGUUCUGCAUAAGCACUGCUCAGCAGUAGCUAAACAUUGGUGUGCUACCAACGCUGAAAACAGCACUGUGCAGGCUGCGAUGACAAAAAAAUUACCUGUAUCCCAGCCAGGCCCAGUACAGAAACCCUUCUGUGCCCGCUCACAAUUCUUAUUCCUAUGAGAAACCCAUGAAAAAUAGGGCAUUUGACUUAUCGGGGAGAAAUGUGAAAACACUCCCGAUCUCUGGCUGGCAUCUUGCUUUACUUGCAUGACCUAGAAAGUCCACACAAGUCUACGCAGUUUCUUCUGCACCUUGGGAAAGGGCUCUCUUGCCUCAAUUUCCAAGGAGAAACUCCCAAAAGCAGCACCAUAGAGGUAUUCCUAAACCUCGCUAACUGAGAGCCCCCGGCAGCAAAUUCUGCUGACUAACACCGGGCCCGACUCACCCUCCCUAGGACGAAAACUGUAGAUUAAGGGACGCCUGGAAAAUAGGACACGAAAAAGAAGUUCCAGGUGUUCAAAGCUACAUUCAUAUUAUUAUGUCAGCCCAACAGUAUAAGAACACAAGGCUGCCAGAUUAAACACAGAAAUCACAUCAGUUUUUCCCUCGUUGCAUGUUUCUGCCGUGCAGACCUCAUCAAGGUCUGGCCCUGCCAGCUGGACGUCCCCAGCUCCCCGUCAGCCGUAUGAUGCAACAGCCCAUACGACAGGCGCCCGGAGCUCUAUGACGUCACCGGGCAUCUCCGUGACGAGCCGAGGCCUCUCCCCAAGGCCACAUGGCAGCCGAGACCGCAACCUCUCCUGUGUGAUCGCUGCCUGCCGUCGCUCUCGCCGUGCUCUGCGACCGAGAGCUGCAGCGGCCGACAAGCUCAUCCGCACCCAGUCCGAUGGCCAAGGCGGAGAAAGGCUCGGUAGCCACCUCCGACAUGGACGGAGCCUGGGUGGGCACCUGGAGACCUCAUCGCCCACGCAGCCCCAUCAUGGCCCAGUUCACCAGCCCGGGACCCAAGUACUCGAUCCCCGGGACAACAGGUUACCUGGUUCACAAUCCCACCAAAACCAAAGCCCCUGCGUACACUUUUCAAAGGGCCAAACCUCCCGGCACAGACUGUUGCUCUCCGGGCCCUCGGUACUACGUCCAGCCCUCCAUCACCAGGAACGGGAAGUACGUGGCUCCGGCACAGCACAUGGGCGGACUUCCCAAGAUAACGGCCGAGGUCACCCCUGGACCAAGUGACUACUCCACCGACAAGGCCAAUCAACACCUCUACAAAUGCGCACCGGCGCCGUCCAUGGCCUUCCGGCACAAGGCCGUCAAAACCAACGAAACUCCAGGUCCUGGCACCUACACCCUGCCCAGGCUGGUGGGACCCAACACAGCCUACACCCACGCCAGCCCCUGCUACUCCAUGAAAGGGAAGAGUAAGCACAACGGCUUUGCUGAAGACCUCGCCAAGACGCCAGGUCCUGCUGCAUUCCCCAAGGUGGAAGUGGACACCUACAAAAAAAAGGCUCCCAUGUACAGGAUGGGAAGCAAAAGUGGAAUUGGAGGCGACAAAACAGUGAAGCCAGGACCGGCAGACUACUGCCCGGGCAAGGUAAGGCAGCCUGCCCAAAUCUGCUCCCCUGCUUUGCAACAACCAGCCCUUAAGCAUCUCCCCCUUCCAACGGGGCUUCUCAGAACUCCAGACCACCUUACUGGAGUGACAAACCGCAGGACAGCGCAGGACGUCUCCAGGUGGUUCCCUGCUACACCCCCCCACCAUGGAGAUGCCUACUGGUCACCGUGUCUCCUUGUCACCAUCACCAGCACUGUGUCACCAUCUCCGGCACCAUGGCACCAUCACAGUCACCGUGUAACCAUCACUGUGUCACUGUCACCAUCACCAUCGCUGUGUCACUGUCACCAUGUCAUCAUCACCAUCGCUGUGUCACCGUCACCAUGUCACCAUCGCAAUGUCACCGACCCCACCAUGCGUCUCAACACCCCCGACCCCCGUUGA